AUGCUUCUCACGGCCCCCCUUCUCGCGCUUACUGCGGCUGCCUCGGCUGGCUUCGUCGCCGGAGCCCCGUUCACGUCGGGCUCGUCGUGGCUGGCGGCGCGGUCGCUGCUGCUGACCGCCGAGUCGCAGACCGACUCGGACUGGAAGAUCCACGAGUCGUGCAACGGCACGCAGCGCGCCCAGAUCGGGCGCGGGAUCGAAGAGAUGAAGCAGCUGGCGCACAACUCGAUCAACCACCUGCUCAACUACCCGGGCGACGAGUUCUUCAUCAAGUACUUUGGCGCCGACGCCGACCCGGCCCCGGUCAUCGGGUACUACACCCAGCUGGUCUACGGGAACAAGGGGAAUGCGUUGCUGCGAUGCGAUGACCCGGAUGACAACUGCCGGCUGCCCGAGUGGAACGGCCACUGGCGAGGCAACAACGCUACCGCAGAGACGGUCAUCUGCGAGCUGUCGUACACGUCGCGCAGGCCACUCGAGAAGGUGUGCGCGCAGGGCUUCCAGCUGGGCACUGACAACCCGAGCCUGUACUUUGGCGCGGACCUGAUGCACCGCGCGUUCCACGUGCCCGAAUUCGUCCACGAGAAGAUCCACCACUACGCCGACUCGUACGCCGCCUGCAUCGAACUCGCCCAGACCAACAGCACCGCCGCCGUGCAGAACCAGCACAGCCUCCAGUACUUUGCCCUCGACGUCUACAGCCGCAAGCUCACCAAGUGGGGCUGCGUCGGUGAGAUCGCCGAGAGCAAGGACGAUGCUCACGCCCAUGGCGCUGCCUCCUCGUCGGCUGCCCCCUCGCCUUCCGCUUCCGCUACCUCGUCCAGCGCCGCCCAGCCCAGCGCUACCGCUGCCCCGCAAGACAGCGCAGGCAAGGACUGCCACACCCACGCCGACGGCUCCAUCCACUGCGGCACCCACUAG